UCCCGUUCCACGUCGAGGCCUGAUGGCGGCGGCCGCGGCUUCGCUGGGGCCCGGUGGGGCCGACCUGGAGGAGGCGAGCCUGCUGGCCUGGCUGUUCCGGAGGGCGCCGCCACCGCCGCCGCCGCCGGCGGGGGACGCGGAGCUGUCGGCCUACCUAGCCGAGCUGUCGGGGCUGGGCCUGGAGGUGCUGCGGAGGGAGCCGGCCCGGCUGGCGGAGGAGCGGGCGCAGCUGGGAGCGCAGACGCGGGCCUUGGCCUUCGCCCACUACAAGACCUUCAUCCGCUCCGCCGAGUGUACGGCCGGCACCCGCCGCGGCUUCGCGGGCAUCGAGGAGGGCCUCGACCGCCUCCUGGGCCGCCUGGCGCCCGGGGGGCGGGCGGGUGGGAGGGGGAGGGUGAACUUCUCCCGCGAGGCCGAGCAGAUCGCCCAGAGCCGCCGCAUGAACAGCCUGACACUGAACCGCCACACGGAGAUCCUGGAGGUGCUGGAGAUCCCGCAGCUGAUGGACACCUGCGUGCGGAACAGCUACCACGAAGAGGCCCUGGGGCUGGUGGCCUAUGUCCGCCGCCUGGAGAAGAAGCACGCCGACAUCCCCGUCAUCCAGAGCAUAGUGGCAGAGGUGCGCCAGUCAACACAGCUCAUGCUGACCCAGCUGAUCCAGCAACUGCGCACCAACAUCCAGCUGCCAGCCUGCUUGCGGCUCAUUGGCUACUUGCGUUGCAUGGAUGUUUUCACAGAGGCUGAGUUGCGCAUCACCUUCCUGCAGGCACGAGACAUCUGGCUGCGCUCCAUCCUUGCUGCGAUCCCAGACGACAACCCCUACAUGCACAUCACCAAGACCAUUGAGGCAUACCGCGUCCACCUCUUUGACAUCAUCACACAGUAUCGGGCCAUUUUUGCAGACGAGGAGCCUCUCGUGCCUCCCUCUGGGCAGGAGGUCCUCAACGAAAGUGCCAUCUUCCAUGGGUGGGUUUUGCAGAAGGUCUCUCAGUUCCUUCAGGUCCUAGAGCGCGACUUGCAGUGCGGAGUGGGUGGCCGCCUGGACUCCCUCCUGGGCCAGUGCAUGUACUUCGGCCUUUCCUUCAGCCGCGUGGGAGCAGACUUCCGGGGUCAGCUGGCCCCCAUUUUCCAGCAAGUGGCCCUGCAGACCUUCCAGAAAGCUGUGCAGGAGGGCGUGAAUAAGUUCCAGGAAGAAAUGGACUCCUACACACUGAUCUCUGCACCUACCUUCCUGAACAGCACAAUCCCUGUGGCAGUGCCAGUGGCCCAACCAGCCACGCUGCAGCCCCCUGUUGUGCUUCUGGACUUCCCACCGCUUGCCUGCUUCCUCAACAACAUCCUGGUGGCCUUCAAUGACCUGCGUCUCUGCUGCCCAGUGGCCCUUGCUCAAGACGUGGCCGUUGCCAUGGAGGACGCCCUGCACCAGGUAACAAAAAUUAUCCUGGCUUUCCACCGAGCAGAGGAGGUGGCUUUCAGCAGCCGAGAGCAGGAACUGUUUGCUCAGUUCUGCAUGACGUUUCUAGAAGAUUUGGUGCCCUAUCUCAACCGGUGCCUUCAGCUGCUCUUUCCACCAGCCCAAAUUGCACAGACUCUGGGUGUCCCCCCUAUUCAGUUGCAGAAAUAUGGGAACUUUGGCUGUGUGGAUGAGCAUGCCAUUCAGGAGCUCCUGGCCCCAAUCCUGCCUGACAAAGAGGCAGCCUUUCUCCUGGAUAAGGAGAAAGGGCUGGCUCAAGAAAGCUCAGCAUCUCCACUGGACUUGGAACUUCCCACAUCUCCACAGGAAGCCUCACGCAGCUCCCCAGUCCCUAUUUCAGAAACAGAAGAUGGCAGCCAAGGCUCUAGGGAUGACGAGGAAGUCAGAGUCCCUCCUGCUCCAGAAUAGUUCUCCUGGAACUGCUCCUGCUUUUUGGGGUGCACCGCCAGCUGUGGCCAGGACUCAGCUUCUGAGUUUUACUUCUGGGAUCCCUUUGGGCACACAGGACAAUUACUGGAAAGAACAAAGUUGUGUAUAAAUGCUGCCCUCUGCUUG